AUGGACAAAGCAUGGACUAAACUCCCAAGACACUGGAAGAAGUAUAGAAAAAGUGUUAAGUCUUUUUUAGAUUUUUCCUAUACCACAGGAAGACCUCAAGGACGUGAAAUUUCUUGUCCUUGUGCUCAUUGUGCAAAUUGUAAAUGGGAAAGAAGACAUGUGGUCCGCGAUCAUUUAAUAGCUGUAGGUUUUGUGAAAGGAUAUGAUGUUUGGGUAAACCAUGGAGAGGAUAUACCAUUGCCUAUGAAAAUUAAGGAGGACACAAAGGAGCAAGAGAACUCACUUGAUGACAUUGGUGGUUUAUUGUAUGACACAUUUAGAAAUGUGGUUGAAGCAGAGGAAAGUAGUGAAGCUCACAAAGAGGAUGCGAGAAAGUUCUACAAGUUGAUUAAUGAGGCAAAACAAGAGUUAUACCCCGAAUGUGAAAGCUUCUCUACUCUAUCGUUCAUAAUUCGACUUUACUUGUUGAAGUGUCUGCAUGGAUGGAGCAAUGCAUCUUUCACUUCCCUUUUAGAAUUAUUGAAAGAAGCGAUUCCUGAAUUAAACAUUCCUGAAUCUUUUAACAAAACAAAGACGAUGAUUAGUGAUUUGGGUCUCGAUUACAAAAAAAUUCAUGCAUGUCCGAAUGAUUGCAUGUUAUAUUGGAAAGAACACGAGAGUGGUAACUCUUGCAAUAUUUGUAAGGCUUCACGAUGGAAGGAGUUUCCUCAAGUAGAGAGCGAGUCUUCUGAGCAUGCGAAAUAUGAUCAUAAAGUCCCUGCUAAGGUUUUGAGACAUUUUCCAUUGAUUCCACGAUUUCAAAGGUUAUUUAUGUGUUCAAAGACAACAAAGGAAAUGAGGUGGCAUGAAGAAGAACACUCAAAAGAUGGAAAAUUAAGGCAUCCUACGGAUGGACAAGCAUGGAGGGAUUUUGAUAGACUUCAUCAUGACUUUGCUUCUGAGCCUCGUAACAUAAGACUUGGCUUAUCAAGUGACGACUUCAAUCCGUUCCGGACCAUGAGCUUAUCACACAGUACAUGGCCUGUCAUGAUGGUAGUAUACAACUACCCUCCUUGGUUGUCCAUGAAAUCUGAAUAUACAAUGUUGUCAUUGUUGAUUCCUGGGCCACAAUCACCGGGGAAUGACAUUGAUGUGUACCUUCAACCAUUAAUUGAGGAGUUAAAGGAGUUAUGGGAAUUAGGAGUAGACACAUAUGAUGCCUCAAAAAAUCAAACAUUUAAAAUUCGUGCAGCACUCCUAUGGACAAUUAGUGAUUAUCCUGGGUAUGCUAUGUUAUCAGGUUGGAGCACCAAAGGAAAGUUUGCAUGUGCGUUUUUGCAAUCAUAA